AUGGAGAAACAACUACAAGAAGCUCGCAGUAAAAUUAUCGAUUCCUUGGCGAUAUAUCAGAAAGAAGCAAGCGGUUGGGUGUUGGACGAAAUACUUCAUUUAGACCUGAACAUGGCCAAAUAUACUCCACUGAAAGGUUCCAGUUACAUUCCUCUACCGAAAAAGUUGAAGACCAAGAAAGCCAUCAUUAACGUCAAGAAUUCCGACAAUAAGUGCUUUAUGUGGUCAAUCUUUGCUGCUCUACAUCCUGUUGAGCACACAAGAAACCCCCAAAAAUCCAUCACUGUCGGAAUUAUCAGGACGAACUAAACUUUGAGGAUAUUGAAUUCCCUAUCACAAUUGAUAAGAUUGGAAAAUUUGAACGUCAAAAUAACAUCUCCGUAAACGUGUUUGGUUACGAAGAUGUACUCUUUCCCAUUUAUAUCACACCAUUUAUUUGACAACCACGUAAAUCUAUUGUUAUUCUCCCAGGAAAGAACCAGGCAUUACUGUCUCAUCAAAGAUUUGAAUAAAUUCCUGUACAGUCAAAACCGGAAAAAGGCUCGAAUGUUUUACUGUCGUCACUGUCUACAUGGAUUUAUCCGAGAAGACCUUCUACAAGAGCAUGCCGCAUUGUUGUCAGCAUGGAGCCCAGCGCAUUGAAUUACCGAAUGAAGACAAUGCUUUACUUUAUUUCAAAGAUUAUCACAAACAACUCAAGGUACCAUUUGUGAUUUACGCUGACUUUGAAAGCGUCACAACCAAGAUCGAUUCAGCAACUCCCGAUCUAACUAAAUCAUCUACCGAGAAUUACCAGCACCACUAACCUUGUGGAUUUUCCUACAUUGUCGUGUCACAAGCAGAAAAAUACAACAAACCUCCUAUCGUUUACCGUGGUGAGGAUGCUGUGGAUAAGUUUCUCGAAUGUUUAGAGACAGAACAGCAAUACAUCGAAGAAAAACUUAGUUUCAUCGAGCCGAUGCGCAUUGAGAACGAGGAAGAACAGAUGUUUGAAAACGCCAUUAAUUGUCAUAUCUGUGGUUUUGAAAUGGGCGCCGACCGAGUUCGCGAUUAUUGCCAUCUCACAGGAAAGUAUCGUGCAGCCGCACACAACGAAUGUAACUUAAACUAUAGUUUUACUGGACGCAUUCCUGUCAUUCUGCAUAAUCUUCGUGGUAAUGACUCCCACCUGAUUAUGCAAGGUCUUGGAAAGCUAAAGAAUAAGGAAAUCAACUGCAUCCCCAACAAUAUUGACUCACUUCAGUUUAUGAACGCUUCUCUCGAACGGUUGGCGUUUAAUCUUUCAAAGAGUGACGCAGAUAUGUUUCCAAUCCUCCAGAGAUAUGUUGAAUCUGAGAAAGUGCCCUUGCUUCUGAGGAAAGGCGUAUAUCCGUAUGACUACAUGGAUAGUGUGGAAAAGUUUGAUAAAGAAACUCUGCCUCCUCAAGAAUGCUUCUACAGUGUUCUAAAUGACGAACACAUUGCCGAUGCUGACUACAACCACCCUACUCGCGUCUUUGAGGCUUUCAGUUGCCAAAGUUUGGGAGACUAUCAUGAUUUGUACUUAAAAUCGGACGUUCUGCUCCUUGCGGAUGUAUUUGAAAACUUCCGAAACGUCUGUUUAAAAGCAUACAAUCUAAAUCCUUGUCACUUUUACACAAUUCCUGCAUUGGCGUGGCAAGCUUGUUUAAAAAUGACAGAAGUGGAACUAGAGUUAUUGACUGAUCCAGAUGUGUAUUUAUUCAUCAAAGAAGGGCUUCGUGGUGGAAUAUCCAUGAUAAGUAACCGUUUCAGUAAGGCGAACAAUCCGUACGUCCCCGACUACGACCCUGAUCAAGACUCAUCUUACGUGAUGUAUCUCGACGCUAAUAAUCUUUAUGGUUGGGCUAUGUCACAACCUCUACCAACUGCUGAAUUCGAUUGGUUAAAUGAAGAAGAGAUCUCCAACCUUGACAUCACACAAAUUUCCGAUGAUUCCAAAGAAGGUUAA